AUGGCUGCAUUGAAGACAGGUCAAUUCAUUGGUGCUCUUGACUGCGGCACAACUUCAGUCAGGUUCAUUGUAUUUGACCAACAUGCCGAGAUCAUUGCUCAACAUCAGCUCGAAUUUCCCCAGUACUACCCACACCCCGGAUGGCACGAGCACGACCCUGUAGAGAUUCAACAGCAUGCAGAUCAAUGUAUUGAAGGCGCCAUCUCCGAGCUGGAGAAGGCUGGUUGGUCGAAGGACAGCGUGAAGGCGAUCGGUAUCACCAAUCAACGCGAGACUACCGUUUCUUGGAGCCGUAAGACCGGAAAGCCCUUGUGCAGAGCUAUUGUUUGGACAGAUUCCCGCACGAAGAAUACCGUUGCACACUAUGAAGCCAAGCUCCAGUCUACUGGCAUACAAGUUUCCCCCGGUGUAUGGAAGAAGGGUGCUGAAGGCAUUGAAGCUUUGCGGAGCAUCACCGGUCUUCCUCUUUCAACCUACUUCUCUGGCAUCAAAUUGCGAUGGAUGAUUGACAACUACCCUGAAGUACAAAAGGCUCAUGAAGCAGAUGACCUCCUCUUCGGCACGGUUGAGUCCUGGGUCGCAUAUAACCUCUUGGGUGGUGUCGAGAAGAAUAUUCAUAUUGGCGAGGUCACGAACGCGUCGCGUACUCUGCUUUUGAACAUGUCAACGCUCCAAUGGGAAGAUUCUCUUUUGGAAUUCUUUGGAUUCCGCAAGUCUAUCUUGCCCAAGCUUGUGUCGACCUCUGAGAUCUAUGGCGAUAUUGCAUACGGCCCGCUGAAGGGUGUUCCCAUUGGUGGUCUUGUUGGGGAUCAACAAGCGGCUUUGAUUGGAAACAAAUGCUUGAAACAGGGAGAGGCUAAGUGUACCUAUGGAACCGGCGCCUUUUUGCUCUUUUGCACAGGGGGAGAGAUUGUCAAAAGUGAUCAUGGGUUGCUCAGCACAGUUGCAUACCAAGCAGGACCCGACGCAAAGCCAGUCUAUGCCCUGGAGGGAAGUAUUGCCGUCGCUGGGAGCGCAAUCAAAUGGCUAAGGGACACUAUGAAAAUUAUAAACUCUGCUGGUGAAAUUAACACGCUCGCUGCCAAAGAGUCAGAUUCUGGCGGCCUUUAUUUUGUCACUGCGUUCUCUGGUCUCCUCGCACCUUACUGGGAUCCUGGCGCGGCUGGCACUCUCAUCGGCAUUUCGCAAUAUACAAAUCCAUCUCAUAUAGCGCGCGCUACCCUCGAGGCUAAUGCAUUCCAGACACGCGCAGUAAUUGAGAGCAUGAAGCUCGACUCUGGUAGCGAUCUCAAGCACCUGAAGGUUGAUGGAGGCAUGACCAACGGUGACCUUGCCAUGGAAAUCCUUGCUGAUCUCGGUGGAUUCGAGGUCGUUCGACCUGAAAUGAGAGAAUCUACGGCUCUGGGUGCUGCCCUUUGCGCGGGAGCUGCUAUAAAAGCAUUUGGCUGGGAUUUGUCCAACCCUGAAACACUUGCUCAAGUCAACACCAAAGGCACCCGUGUGUUUACUCCCGCAGCUGAGACGGAAGAGAGGGAAAGCAAAUGGAAAUUUUGGCAAAAAGCUGUCGAAAGAUCCAGGGGUUGGGACGAAGGGAUCGAUGCUUAA